AUGGCUGCGCCUAUACGAUUCGAUGGAAAAGUGGUUCUCGUCACCGGUGCUGGAGGGGGUCUUGGUAAAGAAUAUGCCUUGGCGUUUGCAGAUAGAGGAGCCUCCGUGGUGGUUAAUGAUUUGGGAGGUAGUAUGGCCGGAGAGGGAAAAGGUUCAAGAGCGGCAGAUUUAGUUGUAAAUGAAAUCAAACGUCGAGGAGGAAAGGCAGUUGCUAAUUAUGAUUCUGUAGAGGAUGGUGAAAAGGUAGUACAAACAGCUCUUGAUAAUUAUGGUCGUAUUGAUGUGGUUGUCAAUAAUGCUGGUAUUUUAAGAGAUAAAUCGUUUGCUAGAACUAGUGACGUAGACUGGGAUUUGAUACACAGAGUCCAUCUACGUGGAUCAUUCAUGGUGUCCAGAGCAGCUUGGCCUCAUAUGAAGAAACAAAAAUAUGGAAGAAUUAUAAUGACAGCUUCAGCAGCUGGUAUUUAUGGUAAUUUUGGUCAAGCUAAUUAUAGCGCAGCUAAAUUAGGAUUAUUGGGGUUGAGUAAUACAUUAAGUAUAGAAGGCAAGAAGAGCAAUAUUUACUGUAACACCAUAGCUCCUAUAGCUGGUUCUAGACUAACAGAGACUGUCAUGCCACCAGAAAUGGUAGCAGCAUUAAAGCCCGAGUAUGUGGCACCACUUGUCUUGUAUCUAUGUAACGAGGAAAGCAGUGAAAAUGGAGCGUUGUUUGAAGUAGGAGCUGGCUGGAUUGGCAAGUUAAGAUGGCAGAGAACAGAUGGAGCUAUAGUCAGACAGAAAAAUCAAGCCAUGACACCUGAACAAGUGAGAGAAAAUUGGGAGAAAAUCACGGAUUUUAACCAUCACCAUUAUCCAACUUCUAUCCAAGAUUCGACCUCGUUUUCUCUGAAUAUAAUAGACCAGAUAGAAGCUGGUUCACAAGAGAGUUCCUCAGGAUCUAGUGUAGCAUCUUACUCUGGUGGUAUGAAUGCACAGCUAGCUAAAUCACAUACAGCUAAACCAGCAGAGUUCACCUAUACACCUAAAGAUGCUAUUCUUUAUGCCCUAGGAGUUGGUAUGUCGACUAAAGAAGAGGACUAUCUAAAGUUUCUAUAUGAAGGUGCUGAUGAUUUUAGUGUUCUACCAUCCUAUAUAGUCAUUCCAACAAAUGCCUGUUUAACUGAAAGUCUAGUAGCAGGAGUGCCUGGUGUUGAUGCUCCUUUAGUUAAUGUAUUACAUGGUGAACAGUAUUGUGAGGUGUAUCAACCAUUCCAACCAUCAGCUACCUUAACUUCAAAGUGUCGCGUGUUAGAUAUAUUAGAUAAAGGCUCUAAUGCUGUAGUCUUAUAUGAUGUGGACACCUAUAAUGAAAAACAGGAGAAAGUAGCCUAUUGUCAGUUUGCUAUAUUUGUCGUAGGCAAGGGUAAUUUUGGGGGUGUUCGAACUUGUGAAGGAAUCAAGAAACCUGUUGAUACACCUAAACGUUCUCCUGAUUCUACCAUUAGAGAGAAGACUUCUAUUGAUCAGGCAGCAUUAUACAGAUUAAGUGGUGAUACAAACCCUCUUCAUAUUGACCCAUCUUUUGCUGCUAUGGCAGGUUUUAAAACUCCUAUACUGCAUGGUUUAUGUUCGUUUGGUUAUGGUGUAAGACAUGUAUUAAAACAAUAUGCUAAUAAUGAUGUAUCAUUGUUUAAAGCAGUAAAGGCGAGAUUUUCUAAACCUGUUCUACCUGGUCAAACUCUACAGACUGAUAUGUGGAAAGAUGGCAGUAGAAUAUACUUUCAAACUAAGGUGGUUGAUAAUGGUAAUAUAUGUAUAUCAGGUGCUUAUGUUGAUUUAAAAGAUAAUGUUACAGCUUCUAAACCUGUAUCUUCUAAUACGUCUUCUACAGUAAAAUCUAAUAGUAUGUUUGAACAGAUGAUACAACAAUUACCAAAUCGUAAGGGAUUGGCUGCUAAAAUAAAUGCUGUCUUUGUAUUCAAUAUAUUACAAAAUGGUAAACAAGCUGUACAAUGGACUGUAGAUAUGAAAUCUAGUAAAGAAGGAGCUAUAUAUACUGGUGAACCUAAAGCUUCUAAAGCAGAUUGUACUGUAACUGUUGAAGAUGAUAAUUUGAUGGAUAUUGUUAGUGGAAAAUUAGCUGCCCCUCAGGCGUUUAUGAGUGGUAAGUUGAAAGUUAAAGGGAAUAUUAUGUUGGCUCAGAAAUUAGGUCAACUAUUUCAAGAACAAUCCAAGCUAUAA